GACGCUUAGUAGCAGAGCAGCUUCUCUACUGACGGGACGCUUGUUUCGCUUUUUUUUCUCGACCUUGUAAACAACUGUAGCAGAAAAACUGCUUUCAUUUUGACAACUAUAGUUGUAGCGAGUGAACAGUAUCAUCACACACGCACGACGAAAAAGGAGAGAGAGAAAAAGAGAGAAAAAAUGGAUGAAGGCGAUUCUCAACAAAAGACGCUUACUCUUCUCAUAAAAACGCCCAACCAGGCACAGGAAGACCAACGUGUCGAUGGCGUCUGUCUGAACUGGACUAUAAAGGAACUAAAAACACAUUUAUCGGCUGUCUACACAACCAAACCGGCUGUGAGCGACCAGAGGCUGAUCUAUGCUGGUAAACUGCUGCCUGACCACCUGCACAUUAAAGAUCUCUUCAGACAGACCGACUCCAUUCCCACGCUGCACCUGGUGAUUGCGUUCAGGAAUGCACCCCAGGGAUCACCGGGUGCUAGACCGAAGACCUCUAGUCCAAGCCCUGCAUCAGACUCCGCUUCACCCACUACCAGCAGCUCCUCCUCCACAGCCCAGACACCCAGCACACCAGAGCUGAGGCAGAGGAGACAGACGUCCACGCCAGCUCACACACAGACCCCUGCCGCGUCCUUUACACAAACUCCCGCAUGGCCUCCCGCUGCAGUGCCUGGAGCACCACAGAUGACCCAGCCAGCCUUCCCCACCUACUCUCUGUACAGCCCUCAACAGCUGCUGUGGCUCCAGCAUGUCUACGCCAGGCAGUAUUACAUGCAGUAUCACGCAGCUUUGGCAGCAGCGGGCACCGUUCCCUCUGCGCCGGCCGCCACCGUCGCCCAGUACCCUCCUGUCCCCCCCCACCAGGUACCUGUCCCAGCCCCCUUAGCCAAUCAGAACCCCAUCGACAACCUGCCCGCAAAUCCGAACCCGGCGCAGGACGGCGCCUUCAUCAAUCCCGGGGCGGCCAACCAGAACAUGCGAAUGAACGCGCAGGGCGGGCCCGUAAUGGAGGACGAGGACGACGUGGAGCGUGAUUGGCUGGACUGGUUGUACUCCGCUGCCAGAUUCGGCGUCCUGGUCGUGAUCGUGUAUUUCAACUCCAACCUGACUCGGUUCCUGCUGGUGAUGAGCACCCUCCUCCUCAUGUACCUACACACCACUGGCUUGUUUCCCUUCAGAAGGCGAGCACAGGUCCAAGCACCCAACCCCUUGGAGCCCCCUGAGGACCAGCACAACCAGCAGAAUGAGAAUAGGAACCCAACUCCUGCUGAAGAGCUCGCUGACAGACAAACGGAGGAACCUGCUGAAGCAGCAGCAGAAGAAUCCGAUGAACGAGGAGAGAUGACGGCAGUUUUAGUGCCUCCUCACAGGGUGUCAGUCAUGUGGACGGCUUGGGUUUUCUUCAAAACGUUCUUCUCCUCUCUCAUACCCGAGGCUCCUCAGGGUGUGGCCAACUGACCAACCCCGGACGGACGACUGAUAGAGACAGCAGACUCUUUUUUUAAUUAUUAUUCAAUGGGGUACAGUAAUCUACGGAGAUGUUUUCAGUCACGCUUGAAAAAUCUUCCUUGUGGAAAGAGAAGGUAGAUGGCUGCUGCUGCUGCUGCCAACUCAACAAAGAACAAAACAUAUUCAUGUUCAUAUCAACAGUGACUGGAACCGCCCCGCUGAACUAGAACCUUGGACAGUAGUGCCUGGAUCUAUAUCCAAGCACCACUGCCCUGUCUUUUUUUCUUUCUUUUACCCUGAUAGACCUUUUGAAUUGCCAAAUAUGUGGCCUGGAAAAGUUAAGCGUGAUUAGAAACAUCAGACAAUUUUUUACGUAAAAAUACGUUGUUCAAUUAGAUCUGGCCAAACAUCUACCAAUCUGUAAGACAAGCAGCUACCUGGAUGGUGUCCUUAUCUGUGAAACCACAGUAGGUGGCAGCUGAUAGUAAAAAUCAGUAUCCUCUUAGCUGACACUGGUUUUAUUCUUCCUGUGAGGAAAUGUUAUGAUCCCUUAGGAUUCGAAAGCAGCUUGUCUUGAGUUUUCACAUUGAAAAUCCAGAUUAUCAUGAGCCCUGUUCAGUUUAAGUGAAAGUCACGCACCGACUAACUCAGUACUGUAUGUUACGACUAUCAGAAUCUAAUUUUUUUGUUUUGUUUUUGUCUAGGCAGAGAUUUAGGUUUUCUUAAAAUAAACUAAUCAAUUACAGCUUCAGCAGUAAAACUGAAGAAAGGCCAUAAAGAUUUUAAUCUUCUGAGGAAUUUAACACCUAAUGAUGAAAUGUAACCACAACUGAAUACUAAAAUUUGAAUGUCACUCAAGUUAUAGCAUUGAAAUUAUUUGACUUUGACAACAAUGUUGUCUGAAUUUAUUUGGUUUGAAAUCCCCCUUUUUAAGUUGCCAGUAAAAAUAUAGAUUUUUUUAAAAUUUAGUUUUCUUGUUUUUUUUUCAAAAUUCUUACGCAACAUUUUUACGCAACAUUUCAGUAUUAAAUAUAAAAAUUAGUAUCAAAUCAAAAAUGAGGUUGUGGUUAAAAAUUAAAUCACAACUAAACUCAUUUAAUUUAAAUUAUUUUUAAAUUGUAAAAAUUAAAAUGACCUUCUAGAAAGACAGACAGGAUUUAACCUUCAUACAUUUAGACAGAAUUUUCAGAGAUGUAUUAGUAUUAAAUAUUGUACAUCAAGUAUUCAGUAGUGGUUUACUUUUUUGUUGUUGUUGUUGCUUGUAAGUUUCAAAUGAUUUUGGCCUUUAUUUGCUUCCAUACAGUCACUGUAAUGAACACUGAACAGCAGAGACUAUAGUUUCCUGGAGCUCUUCUGUUUUGUGUGUUUCUGUUGAGUGUUUCAGACAAUGGUGAUUGAGACCAAAUAUACAAAUCGACUGCUUCAUUCUGCCAGUUAUGUACAUUUUCUGUGAAAUAAUGUAAAGCCCAGUAAAAAAAAAGGCAAGUUUUGUAAAUAUACUGUAUGAACGCACUUUACAACAUUUGUCUUAAGCAAGCUUCCUUACAUUUAAGGGGGUUAUGAUUUACUGUUAAAUAAUAAUGGUGCCUAAAGGCCUCAAAUUCAAGUUAAGUCUAUAAUCCCAUUAAAACAAACAAAAGGUCAAAUCGAUAGUAUUUGAAUUACAGUAAAAAAAAAAAUCAAACAAUUUAAAAUAUGAAAUAGUAUAUUUAGCAUAUUUAUGCAAUCAAAUCAAGUUAACAAGGACGGUCUUCGUUUAUAUCUUAUAUCACCACUUCCUGACAGCUUUAUCUACAAAAGUGCAACCGAUUCACAAGUCAGCCCAGUUGUGCAGAUAUGUGACUAGAGGCCCAAUCACUUGUUUUUAUUUGCAUUUAUUAACUGUAUUCUGUGUAUCUUUUAUUGAUCUAUAGAGAGUUUAACUGCCAAAUGUCAGGUAUUUUACACCUUUCAGUAAACAAGUGGAAAGUCAUCUGUCAGCCAAUAGACUUCAUGUACUGCAUCAGCCUCGGCUUAUUCCACAUUAGCGCUCGGAUUCCCUCGAGGGAAUGACAACAUUUUCUGACAUUGGACACUGUGUAUUGUAAUUUUUAAUGCUACGACUUUGAAUUUCUUUUGUUUGUUUGUCUUACUGUCUGAAUUGCUUAUUAAUGGAUGCUGUAGAAUGAUGAGUGUGUUGAAGGAGAUUUGCAAUAAUGAGAUGCAAUAAAUAUUCUUAGUCCUCUU